UCCAGCUGACAACAUUCUAUGGGGAGAGACUGAAACAGGCGAUUGAAGAAAGGGUUGAACGUCUCAGCUUCAUGAUGAGAUGGGAGGAAUGUUUCAAUGAACAAGAACACGGGAGUGUCGCUGAGCUGGUGCUGAAGGGAAACCGCAGAGACAGUUCCACACUCUUCCUCAGUCUGGUGAUGGAAAAGGGUAACCGUGCCCGGCGGGUGAUGUGGGAAUCAUUUGUGAAAAUGCAGAAUGUAUUACCAAAGCUGGACAAAAUCCUGAAAGAAAUCCAGGAGCUCGGUCCUGAUCCAAAAGAAUUCAUGAACAUCAACAGAGGUUUAACUGAAUUACCCUCUCAUAUGGAAGGUGUUCAACAGAAACACAAGGAGACUCUGCGAGCACAGACUGAAACACUGAGCGUGAACACCAUCCUGAUGAAUGAGAAGGUUAAGGAUUUCCUGCUGCUUGAUCGAUACGCUGAGCUCACGGUCAUCUCCACUGUUCGAGAUCAGACAAUGGUCGAACAUGAGCUGCUGGCAAGAGGCCGGGACCAUGAAGAGUGGAGAAAUCAAUGUCUCCGGGGAGAACUGGAAAAAAUCAGAACUGAUCAAUUGUUCCACAGCAGCUUUUCCCGGAGUAAAUCUGGAUCUGGAAGUUCAGCAUCAGUGGCCGGAGUCGCGGGGAUCGGAAAAACAACAAUGGUGCAAAAGAUUGUUCAUGACUGGGCCACGGGGAAAAUAUACCCACACUUCCAGUUUGUAUUCAGUUUCAAAUUCCGGGAUUUAAACAUGAUUAAAGACAGAAUAAACCUGAGGGAACUGAUUCUGGAGCAACAUCCUUACUUAGAGAAUAUCCUGGGAGAGAUCUGGAAGAACCCAGAGGGUUUGCUGUUUAUAUUCGACGGUCUGGAUGAAUUCAAGGGCAAAAUUAAUUUUGCUGACAGUCGGAGAGACACAGAACCUGAGAACGAGUGCCCAGAUCCCGAGUGGUGGUGUGAAGUGUCUGACAUUGUGUACAGUUUAAUCCAGCACAAGCUGCUCCCAGGGUGUUCAGUGCUAGUGACCACCCGCCCCGCUGCGUUACAUUUACUGAAAAAUGCAGAGAUUAGUGUCUGGGCUGAAAUCCUGGGAUUUGAUGGUGAGGAACGGAAGGAAUAUUUCACCAGGUAUUUUGAAGAUGAGACGGUGGCAGCAGCUGUUUUCAAACACGUGAUGGAGAACGAGAUCCUGUACACCAUGAGCUACAACCCGUCCUACUGCUGGAUCCUUGUCCUGACACUGGGCCCCUUCUUCACACAAACACACCGGGACCCGCAGCGAGUUCCCAAUACCAUCACACAACUAUAUUGCUACUUUACUUACAAUAUCCUGAAAAACCACGGCCGUGAGAUUGAGAGCCCCCGUGAGGUGUUACUGAGGCUUGGUCAGAUGGCCUUCACUGGAGUGCAUGAGAAGAACAUCGUGUUCACAGAUGAAGAUUUGAUCGAAUACAAUCUGCAGCCUUCCCAGUUCCUGUCCGGGUUCCUGAUGGAACUUUUGGAGAGAGAGGAUUCAGCCCGGAGCGUGGUGUACACCUUCCCGCACCUCACCAUCCAAGAGUUUGUAGCCGCACUCGCACAAUUCCUGACUCCGGUUUGCGCGGAUAUCAUGAAACGCCUCAUUGAAGCCAAUGGCACGCCAGACGGGCGAUUUGAAGUAUUUCUCCGUUUUGUCGCUGGUCUCUCCUCCAAAUGGGCAGCUUGGAUCCUGAAGGAGUUUCUGGGUAAAUUCCCUCAUCAAACAGUCAGCCGAGUGAUUGACUGGGUGAAGGGGGAGGUUAAACGCCGGGCUAGAAACACAUGGAGUGACGCUGGUAAAUGGAGCCUCCUGAACACGCUGCACUACCUGUUUGAGUCUCAGAAUACUGAUCUGGCUCAGCAGACACUGGGAUCUGUGGAAACACUUUCAUUCAGUGGACUGGGACUGACCCCGAUUGACUGUGCGGUCCUGUCUCAUGCCGUCAGGCUCUGUGUUACAAUCAAACACCUCGAUAUGUCGAGCUGCCGCAUUCAGUGUGAAGGUCUCCAGCGGCUGGGACCGGCUCUGCACAAGUGUCAGUGCUUGAGUUUGGGAUACAACGACCUGGGAGAUUCCGGAAUGAAACUGGUGUCUGCGGCUCUGAGGAACCCGGACUGUAAAAUACAGAGCCUGAUGCUGGACAGUGUCGGUCUCACAGAUUCUGGAGCCGAGGAUCUCGCCUCUGCUCUCAGUACAAACCCCUCACUGACGGAACUGUACCUGAGUGAUAAUAAAUUGGGAGAUUCCGGAAUGAAACUGGUGUCUGUGGGUCUGGGGAACCCGGACUGUAAAAUACAGACACUGUGGCUGGUCCGUGUCGGUCUCGCAGAUUCUGGAGCCGAGUAUCUCGUCUCCGCUCUCAGUGCAAACCAUUCACUGACAGAACUGGACCUGACACUCAACUCCCUCACAGACCGAUGUAUCCCUGCUCUCCGCCGCCACAUACUGAACCACCCGAGUCUGAAGCGGAUCUGGCUGUGGGAGAAUAAGUUCACUGCAGUUGGACGGAACCAGCUGAAGAGUCUGCAGGAUACCAGACGCGGAUUGAGUGUGGACAUAACAACAUCUCGGGUGUAA